AUGUGUCUGCUAUUGACCAUCUUCGUCAACCGCCGCGAGCGGACGCCCACCUUCAAGAAAAACAGAAAAGACCCCAGCGACAAGCUGCGCAAAUUGGAUGCCGUCUCGCCGAUACGAACGCUUGAAGAAUGGUGGUCCAAAUUGAAAGGUCCUCUUCUGCCAUCCGAAGGGGCUGAUGGGCAGUUUAUCUGCGUCGUCUGCCUUGAAUCCGUCCUACGCUCUCAGGAAAUCCGAGAACUCAAAUGCUUACACGUCUUUCACAAGGAGUGUCUGGAUAAGUGGUAUCUGCAGGACCAUUUCAACUGUCCGCUCUGCCAUCGCGCAUAUUAUGUUCAGGAGUCGCGGCCCAGUAACGACUUUGUAUGGAUGGUAUGA